UCAUUCUGAAUUAUCCAGAACGUUUUACGACACUGGCUGUUGACAUCUGAACAGUUUACCGUGGACGCCCCAAUAUUAUGUAUAUACGUUAGUUCUGUUUUAGUUAUGAGUGUGUAACAAAGCGACAGCGUUCAAUGAGUGUUUUCGACUUAUUCCGCGGGUUCUUCGGAGUACCUGGACGCCGCCACCACGACCAAAGGGAUCCCUUCUUCGAUUUCAUGACUCGUGAUGAUGAUGAGGACGAUGAUGAGGAUGAAUUCCACUAUGAUGGUUACCGGGGAGACCAGCAGGAUCCCUUCGACAGUGCUUGGAGGUUUGGCUUUAGCUUUGGCCCGGAUGGGAUGAGGAUCCAAGAUCCUCCGAUGUUCGGCCACGUCCUCAGGGAGAUGGAAGAACUAUUUUCUCAGAUGGGACACUGGGACAGACAGCCAGACUUUGGUCUUCCCAGUGUCAUGCCUCCGCCACCAUAUCAGGACCGAGCUCAGAAAGGAGGAGGAUCCAGUGGGAAUCCACUGAGAGACUUUAUGUUGAAGUCCCCUGACCAAGACCGACCAGGAACACAACCAGGUCCAUCCAGAGAGUCCAGACAUGAUGGUUUCCCCUUUUCCAAGUUCCAUGAUAUUUGGAGACAAGGGCCUACAGAAGCCCCAGAGGAGGAGCAUAAAGAAGACAGAGAUCUGGACUCUGCUGUGUCCUCCAGGGGCCUGGAUCAGAUUUUGUCGCCACCUGCUGGUCAGCCCAGAAUCCAAUCAUUCUUCCAGUCAGUCACUGUUUCUAAGGUGGUGAAACCUGAUGGGACUGUAGAGGAGAGGAGAACAGUCAGAGACGGACAAGGGAAUGAGAAAACUACAGUGACCCGCUCAGGAGGUCCUGGAAAUCUGGAGGGACCAGAUGACCGGAGUGGACCUCUUCUACCAGGUGGUCCACGCCCCUUUGGUGACAUGAGAGAUGAUGGGUCGUUAUUUUCCAACUUCUUUAAAGGUUUUAAGUGACAUGUAAAAAGACUCUCUAAACUGAGUGACCUCAGCUUGCUCAAUUGUAGAUUUGUGAGUUUGCAAACUUAAAGUGUAGAUCCGUGUAUGGUCAGAGCAAUUUCAUGACCUACAUUUGCCAAAGUUAUUUUGGAUUCAGGUCACUGGUGUGAUGGUGACACUGACCACACAGCUGAGCAACUGCUGAACAAUUCACUCUGAUAUACUUUAGUAUUGUCCUGCUGACAAUGGCUUGUUUGUAUGUAUGACAGCGUGUUAAAACAAAUAAAAAAUAUAUUUACA